UAGAUCAUUGUGGCGACCGUUGUUUGGACCUUUGGUUCGCAUUUGCCAUAUACAUUCAUUUGGCAUUUGUUUCGUGAACUCUAUAUCAUGAGGAAACUCCUUCUUUGGGUGACCUUAAGUCGCUGCUUCAGCUAUCGCGACUUUCUUGACUCCAGCAGUUUGCAACAGUCGAGCGGCGACUUCGGUGACAUCGAAAUCGACCGAGACUUCCGUGAUCAUGGUGAUGGUGAUGACGACCAAGAGUCCGUUCGAGCCUUCGCAUGGAUAGGUUUUACAGAUAAGCUCCAGAUCCACAAAAAGGAUGCCAUUGAAAAUGUGCCCACGCCCUUCUUGUCCAUUGCGGGAAAAACUCAGAACAGUCCAUGCAAAGUGGUGAUGUACAAGUCUGCAUAUUCAAGCCUGAGUUCACCAGUGAACGAAGUGAAGGCUAACGCGGUGCUGAUUGUGAAGGCACAGUUGGUGCAGCUGUGCAAGACUCAGCUCGAAGAGUUUAAGGUCCCGUGCGAAGCACUCAACCUCCACACGGAGGAAGGGCGAUGGAUGACUCUGGGUGAGUCAGCUGUCAGAGAGGACGGUCAAGAGGAGCAGGAUCAGGAGGUUCAGGACGAUUCCACAGAUGAUGAGGCUGAUGAGGCUGAUGAGGCUUCAAGUUCAACCUCAGAUAGUCGGGUCAUUCUCACCAUGAUGGAUGCUGUGAAGACGUACGCAUGCAUGGUGGAAGAAGGGAGGGACUUAUCGUCCACAAGAACAAACUUGCACUUGAAACACUUUGCUCUGACUGCGAAUGCCAAGAAGAAAGCCAAGAAGCUCUUGAAAUUCUUCCGGAAGAAAGCCGGGAAGUUGGCUAACAAGCCGAGAGGAGGGGUACUGAAGCGUUUGAGCAAAAAGUUGGCAGCUUCCAAGUUGUGUGGCGCCAAAUGCAAGAAAUGGCGGGUCCUGUUGAAAGCUGCAAUAGGCGAUCGCGAGACGAAGCCUGAGUCUUGCCGGUCCUUUGCCAGAGAGCAACAGCUGGUGGAAAUCAAAGGUGAUCCAAAUGACCGAAUUGGAAGCAUCGACUUGUCAUCGCUUGAUGUGGCACAGUCAGCACGGAAAGUCACUAUGGAAACUGCCAGUGAUGGUUUGUCCUUCUUGGUGACCAACGAUUUGAUGACAGAGGUGGUGUCCAAAGUGGUGCUUGGUAGCCAAAUUCCAUCAGCUUAUGCAGACAUCUCGGGGUCUUGGUCUGAUCUGAUCAAAACUUUGGAAUCUCGAUCCCGCGAGUGCAAGGUGGAGAAGGUCGGGGUGUUCAACAUGCAGGCCAAGAUCAAAGCCAAUGGCUUCAGCCUUGUGGAGCGAUUUCCGUGGAAGGUCUUGUUCUUCAGCAGAGCUGCCAUUCAGAUUCAUACAAAGCAUGGACAUGGCAAGAGCUACGGCUAUGAUCUGCAUGGAGAUCCCGAGGAGAUCGACUUCCCAUGCAAGUGGAUGACCAAGGCCUAUGAGCGAGGCUACCGACCACGCAGGCGGCUCCUCCCUACGGCCGUGCGAGAGAUCAAUUUCACCAUCCCCUUCUGGAACAGGACAGUGCAUAUCCCCAAGAAGUUGUGGGAACCGACCUCUGGUGGGACUAUGCUCUGGAUCGAUGAAGAGGGGAAGCUUCCGCUUCCUGAGUGGAUGCGAGGCAUGCGAAAAUUGAGUGCAAAUUCGAAGAACGCACCUUCCUGGAUGCAAUCCUUUUCAGAUGGACGCAGCAUGGCCGACUAUGUGAGGUAUAUGAAACAGGAUGUGCGUGGACUCCAUGCUGCGGAGGAAUCGCCGCAGAUUCUUCAAGCAUUGCUUGAGCUUGGCUGGAAGCCAGAUGCAUUAGUUGCUUUGAACACUGGAGAAAAUAAUCUCCUUAUGAACGGUCAAUCUGAAAGCAUUCAGAUGUCGGCUAAGAUGGUGAACACCGUGUAUCCCUACAACAAGAAGCAGGCAAGCCAACCCACAAUCUCAGUCGACUUUUGGAGACAUGGCGGCGAAAACAAGCUUUGGUCAGUCUAUGACUACACUGAAUCGUAUUUGCAGAGCUGCUUUGGCCUUGAUAUCACAUCCUUGACUCAAAGCAAUGACGGGCAUAGUGACCCUAGCACUAGAAGCACCAGUACUAUUUCACUUUGCACCAACAACUAUGCAGAGGCUGUCUUACCCAGCAGCACCCAACGUGACCGAGCAGAUGUCAUGAAGGAGCUUAUUGCAUUCUUCUCGAGAGGAAAGCCUGAAGAACUGAAGGUGCAGAAUGCGAUCGUCAAGAGUUGCUACAGUGAAAGUGAUUGCACUGGAAACAGUUGCGUACUUCCAUGGGAUUGCAAGGAGAACGAGGAUCACCCCUGUCCUGUGGGCUUUGGCUGCGGCUGUGACAACACGAAGAACCAAAAGAUCUUCGCAGUUUCCCUGGCCGCUUCAGUGCUCAACGAGGGAACGCGCAAUUAUCUGGUCUUCGGACCGAAAUUUGUGGCAAUUUGUCACGGAGUUGCUCUGGUUGCUGCUCCUUUCACUGGAGGUGCAUCUUUGGGCUUGGCGCCUUUGUGCCCCAUCCUGGCCCCGUUGUUCUUCUACGGCGUGGCUCCCUUGAGAUCCGACAUUCUCAUCGCUAUGAUCUUCGCAUCUGUCACGGGUGGAAUGAAUUCUUGCGGCUGCAUACCACUGAAAUGUUCCGCGAGUUCCAGGAUGAAGAGCAACGUCUGUGCCCUGUACCAUCCACAGGAGGAGGAGAUGAGCAACGAGUACCAUUUCGUGCCUCCACCGGAGAGGAAGUGCGUUCCAGCUGGACCUCUCGGCGGCUGCUCCCUUCAGCCAUGCAACAGCACGGACUUGUCCGACACGAAGACGGGCUGGCAUGCUCAGAACGGCAAG